GCCCUGAAAGGCACGGAUGUGCAACAGGAAGAGCAGCGCGUCUUCCAGGUCCUCUGCACCUACCUCCAGCAGGAGUUCGGUCGCCUCACCGUUGACGAUAAGACCCAGGUCGUUGCCUUUGAGGUGGAUGGGAACCAGGUCUCCGUCAACUUCCCCAUGCGAGCGGUCGAGUGCAAGGAGGAG